GAUGUUUGACUGCCCGUAUUAAGAAUUUACUCAUAUUAGUUCAUACUUAAUUCAUGCAAGGUCGAAUGGUCAAGUUCAAUUGUUUGAAAUUGACGUCUCAUAGGAAACUAAUGACCCAGUAACGGGCGCGAGCCCCGUGCAGGCUGUGCCUUCGAGACGUAACAGAUGAUGUGUUGUCAAACUGAGUGUAACCCACUGAAGGUCUCGCUCAAGGUGAACCAAGGAAUAAAAUUUUAAUGUAAGGUCUACUCAAUGCUGACGUAGCCACAAUCAACUUGUCAACCUUUGAAAUAUGACAAUGUGCCCCCGCCCUUGGCUCGUUAAGCUUCCUCUUCAAGUGAAAGCUCCAUUCAGUCAGUGUACCACAUCAACAUUCUGAGAGCGGUCGUAAACUGAAUAGAUACGCCGCAAUAAUGUCGUUUCAUACCAGUAACAGUUUAUUUCCUAUGACUGUGCCCAUACCGAAUGGGUUUCCUGUUCAGAUAAAUAGCAAACCGAAAAAUAAAAUUAUUUUUUUGGAUGUCACUCCUGUUUCGACGCCUAUAAAGCCACAUUCGCCAAAUGUGGUGGCUCCCAUGAGAAACAAUCUAGUGGCGCCGCACAUUUCUAAUGAUAUUAUCUAUGAGAACAUCAAACCAGUCUUUACGUUGCUCAGGAUAAUGGGAGUCCUGCCGAUAACAAGACCGUCUGCGUGUGUGAACCAGUUCCAAAUUGCGUCGUCAUCAAUGCUGUACGCUAUCCUCGUAUUCCUUUCCCUGGUCAGUUAUGUGCUGUACUUGUCUCUGCACAAAGUCCAGAUCCUGCGGACAGCGGAGGGCAAGUUUGAAGAAGCUGUCAUUGAGUAUCUCUUUACUGUGUACCUGUUCCCGAUGAUCGCCGUCCCCUUACUGUGGUACGAGACGAGAAAGAUUGCCAAUGUUCUCAAUGGAUGGGUGGAUUUUGAGAUGGUCUACAAGCAACUAUCAGGCCGAACGCUUCCCGUAAAACUAUACAAGAAAGCACUAGCCAUGGCGGUCAUAAUACCCAUCCUAUCAACGACGACGGUGAUCGUGACGCACGUGACGAUGGUACACUUCAAGCCCAUGCAGCUUGUACCAUACGUGUUUUUGGAGAUUCUGACGUACAUGCUUGGAGGAUACUGGUACCUACUCUGUGAAACUUUGAGCAUCUGCGCUAAUAUCUUGGCUGAGGAUUUCCAAAACGCCCUGCGUCACAUCGGCCCAGCAGGCAAGGUGGCUGAAUACCGCGCUCUGUGGCUCCGCCUGAGCAAGCUCUCCCGCGACACUGGAAUCGCCAAUUGCUAUACAUUUACCUUUGUCAACCUUUACCUCUUCUUGAUAAUCACCCUCUCUAUCUAUGGCCUGCUGAGUCAGAUUUCUGAAGGUUUCGGUAUCAAGGACAUUGGUCUUGCAUUGACUGCUUUCUGCAGUAUUUCUUUGCUGUUCUUCAUUUGUGAUGAAGCUCAUUAUGCGUCACAUAAUGUACGAACGAAUUUCCAAAAGAAGCUGCUAAUGGUGGAGCUAUCUUGGAUGAACACUGACGCACAGACUGAAGUCAACAUGUUCCUCAGAGCCACUGAAAUGAACCCCUCGCAAAUCAGCCUCGGCGGGUUCUUUAACGUGAACAGGACGCUUUUUAAAUCAUUACUGGCAACCAUGGUGACCUAUCUAGUAGUGCUGCUGCAAUUCCAAAUCAGUAUCCCCGACGAGUCGCAGAACCGUGAUGAGGAAGAAGAAGUGCCAUACAACAUUACCAGUGCCACCACAGAAGCCAUGACUACCAGUACGACGACCAUUAUGACUACCGUGCUGACAACGCUCGCCAAGAAGAAAAAGAAGAAUUAAAAGCUUUAUAAUAUGAUGA